AAAUAAUUGAAUAUCAGACGGGAAUAGUGAUGCAUGCCUGUUAUCUCAGCACUGGGGAAGCUGAGGCAGAAGGACUAUUGCAAGUUGGAGAACUGCCUGGACUACAACGUGAGCUCAAGACCAGCCUGAACUGCGUAGUGAGACCCGUAUAUAUGAAUGCACAAAAUAAUAAGUAAUUUCCGGCAGGGUUCGAUUAGAAGUAUAUAAAAACUGGCACUGUAAUGGGAAGUGACUGGAGCAUAGGGUCAUUAGCAAAAUGCUUUCUGAAGAGGUGACACAAGUGGAAUGAAUGAGAAGGAAACAGCCAUUAAAAGCUCUCGGGGAAGAGUCCUGGGCAGAGUUGGUAGCUUAUGCAAAUGUGCUAAGGGGUAACCAGCUUGGAGAGAGAAGCAGGAGACUGGUUCAGAGAGGUGGGCAGGGGGCUGACUGUGCGGAAUUUUAUUCUGUUCCCAGUGGGAAGAGGAAGAUGUUAAUAUCUGAUUUACAUUUUGAGAUCAUUUUUUUUGAGACAGGGUCUCGCUAUUAGUUCAGCCUGGCCUUGAGCUGUGUAGCCCAGACUGGCCUUGAAUUCAUGGCAAUCCUCCUGCCUCAGCCUCCUGAGUGUUGGGAUUACAGGCAUGUGCCACCACAGCCAGCCAAAACGAUAGUUUCUGCCAGGUGAAGAAUGAAUCUUAGGGGACAAGAGUGGAUGCAGGGAACCAGUAAAGCAGCUACUGCAAUGGUCCAGGCUAUAGAUGAACAGGAAUGGGAUGUGACAAUGGCAAGAAGUGCUCUGAUUCUGGAUCUGUUUUGAAGUUUGAAUCAGCAGAUUCAGGAACCUAAAAGGAUCCUGAUGUCACUUACGGAGAUGGAUGAAUCUAGGAAGCAGCAGGAUUGGGAGGGUGGUGACCCCAUGCCCAGGUACCCAUGUCCAUGGAACCUAUGACUCCAUCACUUUGAAUGAUAAAAGAAAUUUUUCCAGAUUCGAUGAAGUUAAAAAAUCUUGAGAUAGGAGGAUUAUCAUGGAUAACUGUUUAGGGCCAAUAUAAUCACGGAGGCUGGAGGGUCAGGUUUCAUAGGAGACUAGAUGAUAGCAAAAGGUUAGAGUGAUCUGAGGAAGGGGCCGUGAGCUAAGGCAAGCAGGUGGCUUUUAGAAGCUGGAAAGGACUGAGAAAUAGAUUUUCCCUUACAGCCUACAGAAGGAACUAGCCCUGGGCACCUAAGUUAGACUUCAGACCUCCAGAGCUGAAGGAUAACGUGUUUUAAACCACAAAGAUAGUGAUAGUUUCUUAUGGUGCCAGCAGGAACUGAAUCCCAUGGAGUAGUCCCUGACAGAGUUCUGUUCUGACCCUGUGGCUUUGAGAUGUCUGAGAUGUCUCUGUGGAGCUGCUGAGUUGGGGGCUGGAGCUCAGGACAGAGUCAGGACCUUGCGAGCCAUUAACUUACCGGGGGAUGGUGACCUUUCGGGCUUGAGAGAGGCAGAGGGAAGCUGACAACCCUUCCCAGCUUCCUGCACAGCAGGGCCACCCUGACAUUGCUAGCAGCCAUGACAAGUCUAGGCUUAGUGGACCUGGCCACUGCAUGGUAGCCAGCUGCCUCGACACCACAGCACACUGGUGGGAGGCCCUGGAAUGUGGGCAAAACGGGUCCAGAGAAAGUCCAGUGGGAGAGGCUGAGGAGGAGGCCUGGGAGAAGCAGAAAGAAGAGGCCAGGCAGCUGCAAACACUCAGGCCUGAGCAGAGGCAGGAGGGUGGGGUUUGUCCUCCACAAGGGGCAGAGGUUGGAAGAAAAAAAGAUCAGCCAGCUGAUUCUAACUGAAGAGUGGACUUUGGGAUGCGUCUGCCUGGUCCUCUUCGUUGCCCUCCCCCCAGCUCACCAUGGGACUGGGUCACCCUGGACCUUGCUACUUCCUGGUUCUGGAGGCCACGGCUGAGACGAUGGAGCUGUGGAUGCAGCUGAAACAGGCUGGACUGGAGCCCCCAGGACUGGGCCCACCCCCUCGGGCCCUGAGCGGGGCCCCUCCAGAGGAGAGCCCUGGCCAGACCCUCAUGUCCGUGGGGGCAGAUCUUGGAGGUGCCAGGGAGAGUCUGCUGUGGAUUUGGCAGGAGCUGGGGAACCUGCGCCAAGUGGAUGUCCAGCUGCUAGGCCAGCUGUGCAGCCUGGGGCUGGAGAUGGGAGCUCUUCAGGAGGAACUGGUCACCAUCCUGGAAGAGGAGGAGGUGGAGAGUGGCGACUUUGAGGAAGAGAAGGAGGAGGAGGGAGAGCCCCAGGAGGAGCAGGAGGAGGGACACCUGGAGUCCUCCUGGCCAGGCUCACGCCUCCCAGACUUUGAGAUGACUAUCUGAGGUGCUGCUCAUACAUUUUGACACACACACAUGAGAUACAGAUUUAUGUAAGGGAGAAGAGAGAUCUGCAGGUCAAAUCAGAUUUGGAAUCAACAUGCUCCUUGGUAAGCGCUUUCUCUGAAGGUGUCUGUGACACAACACAGGGCUUGGCCCUGGGCUCUGGGCACAGUUGUUUGCAGACAACAAGGGAAGUGCUCAGAGGCACCACAGGUGUACCUGGUGCAGAGCCAGGGGUGUGGAGGGAGCAUCGCAGAGAUCUUCGCAGAUGAGGUUGAAGGUCAGCACUGUGCAUGGAGCAGCCACCAGCCCAGCAUGGCUAUGGGGCACUGGAAACAUUGGAGAGUCCAGAUAAAGAUGUGAUGAGACCUAAAAUACAUACCAGGUUUCCAAGGCCAGUAUGGUAAAGAAGGGCAAAACUCAAUAAUUUAAAAAACUGAUUAUAUGUUGAAAUGGCAUUUUUAGUUUAUUGGUAUAAAAUAUUACUGAAAUUAAA